AUGGACGGAGUAGCGGCCGCCCGCGGUCCAGUCAACGGACGCGGCGUCGGAAGUUCCGAAGUCCCGAGUAAGAACCCGGACAAGGAAGGGGACUCUCCACUUCGCGCUCGUCUAGCGGCCUUGGAAAUGGAGCUGGAAGCGCUGAAACGAGAUAAGGCGGAGUCUGAGAUCGGUUCUUCGGCCGGCGGUGGUCAAGACCUGAGUCUUGCGGCCGCUUUGGAGGCGCAGACCCAAGUUCUGAAGGAAGCGCUCGCUGGGCGUGGAAAGGACUCGUCGGUCACAGCAGUGAAAACAGGCAUGAGCCACCGUGAAAUGCUCUUGGCCUUGCGGGCGCGAUGCCGCGGCUCCAGGUUGAAGACAUAUUCAAACAUGUAUCGGGCUGCAUGGAAGGCAGGAGAAGUUCUUUCUGAUCCUGGUGCAGUCUACGAAAGGAUCAAGAGCAAACAUCUGAUGUUCAGUGAAAGCCGCGAAGAGCGUGAAAUCCGUAUUAAUGCCGAACACGCCUCUCUGGUCAAGGGCCGGCUGACGGGCCAUCAAUUUGAGCCAGUGUUUGAAGCUUCGGUGGCAGAGUUAGAGGCGGUCGGGCUUGGAAAGACACCGAGAGAGUUGUUUCUGAGCUAUCUGAUGAAGAUGCCUCCCUCUCUUCAAAAGGAAAUCCGAGCGGACAAGCGCAUCUGGCAGGAAGAAGAUCGGCUUCGUGGCCCACAGACGUGGGAAGAAGCUCACCGAGUUGUCCUGGAGUUCGAGCAACGCGAAGCGACGAACAGGGCUACAGCCAAUGCGGUGUAUGCUGCGUCGUCGUCAGAGCUCUCUGAGAUGACGCCGAACCAGCCAAAGGCUAAGGCGAAGCCUAAGCCAACUCCAGUUGCUGUCACCGCUGGAGAUCCAAGGAAAGAGAGGCUCUGUUGGAAUUUCAGAGAUUACGGUUCUUGCAGCAAGGGUAAAGACUGUCCAUUUUCCCACGACAAGGAUCUGAGGAAGAAGGCUCUGGAAAGUAAAGGUAAAGGGAAGUCAGGGCAGUCCGGAGGACAGGAGUCUUACCCAGCGAAAGGCCAAGGGAAAUCUAAGGGCAAAGGAAAAGGAAAGGGAGGCAAGGGUUCGCCUGCGCCGGAGCAGCAGCCGAAGCCGAAGGAAAAGAGCGAUCGGCCGUGUCCGUUCUUCGCUAAGAACGGGGCGUGCAAGAAGGGCGACGCCUGCGAUAUGUCCCACUCCUUGCCCACAGCGCCUGCUGUUGGCCAAUCGGGGAACAGUAGCGGGUCGGUCCUGGGCUGGAACUCAGGUCCAAGUGGAGCAGGUCUCACCAACCCGUUCGCUGCCUUCACUGUCGUAGCAGUGAAGCCAGGCGAGGAUUCUCCAGGGUCAGCGGUUGCUGCUGCAGUUUUCGCGGCAGGAACGCGAUCCGUCGGAGAAGAUGGCGGAGCCAGCAAAGCGCUGACCUCUUUGGACGAGAUCCUAAAGGCAUGGUGGAAAGUCGUUGAGAAUGAGCGGGGCGGGUAUCAGUACAAAACGGUGACAAAGGUCUUAGACAAGAGAGUGGAGACGUUGCUCGACGGAGGAGCAGGGUCGAACCACGUCACCGAGGAACUUGUAGUGAGCAUCCUGAACCGAGCUGCUGCCCUAGGGUUGAAGCCUGAUGAUUCCCGUUUCCCCAUUAUUCAGUUCGAACAAUGGGUCUAUCCAGAGUACGUGCAUGGGAUCGCGAGCGGAUCACCGGUUCCGUUGAAGGGAUCGGUCGUGCUUCGUGUUCGGUUGCAAGAAGGCAACAGCGUCGAGAAGUCCGUGGACGGCCACGAACUUUUUGUUCGUUGUAAAAUAGCAGCCAAAGGAACAAGUGACUGGCACGGACUGAUUCUCGGCGGGCGUGCUCUCGAUUGCGAGGCGCGCCGCGGUCUCGGUUUCCGCCCAGGUCCUCAGUCGCACAUCUUGGACACUUUGGGAGUGAGGAUCCCCCGGUGCGAAGACUCUUCUGUCGAAAGGAAGGACCGAGCAUACGUGCUGCAGUCGGUUAUCUCUGCUUUUGAUGCAACGCUCCAGGAUGCAGACGAGCCUGGAAGCGGUCGCAGGGCUCCAGUGGUGUUUGCCGGCGAUGAAGAAGUUCAACUUCUGCCCGGCGAGGGCGCUCUGGUUCCGGUUUGUGUGGAAGAAGAUUUCCUUUGUGACGCGUCUCAGUGUCAAGCCGUCCUCCCAAUCGAAGGAAGAAUUGAAGUCGUUCCUGGUCUCUGGGAUACAGGAAGCCGAAAAGGCAUGGUUUUGGUCACGCCUAGGCAGGAAGAAAUCGUCCUUGAGAAAGGGGACCCUGUGGGGGAACUGCGAAACGGCUUGGCUGCAUCGAAAAAGUGCGGCUGUGGUGCUUUGGAUAUGAUUUUCGAAUCUUCGGAAAGGGAAGAGCGUUGCGACCACUGCAGCGGCCCACGUAUGGCGGUUAGAGUGGAGGAAUGCCACGCGUGUGGCCAAAAGGAAGAGAAGGAAGUCGUCCGCCUGCAAGGCUGCAGGUGUGGCUCUAGGAAGCAACCGCGAGACUUGAAAAGCAAGACAAGAGGAUAUGGGUUGCUUGCGGCCGUAGUUGGGGUUGCGGCGUUGUUCUCCGGCGCUCCGGCAAGUUUUGCCUUCACGAGUCGAACAGAGAAGUCAGAUUGCGAGGACCGCUGGGCGACAUUUCCAGGUGGCUGGGUCAGAGUUCAUGAGCAGGUUCGUGAAGACCUCUAUGAGCUCGACAGUGACGGGUUUCCUGGCGAGGUCGCAGCGGUCGGACCACGACGCGUGACCGUCGGUCAUUUUCUGACGGGCGAACCGCUGGAGUGGGAAGAUGAGAGAAACGAUGAUCCGAGGGUCUUUACUUUGGUGCCAGUGCCCUGGAGGAGCACCAUCACAGAGCCAGUGUUUCACAUCGUGGAAGUCCCGGGAGAAAUCGACCGAAUGGCCGAAGAGACCCCGACCGACUUCUACUAUGACAAGCUUCGGGAGUCAAUGGGACAGCGGUAUCCGAAAGCGGACCGUUUUCUGCUCGACCAUCUUGUCUCCUUGGAAGCAUUUUUGGACAAGAGUAUUGUUUUCGGAUUCAGCUACGGCGUGGCUAAAGCAGAGCUGUGCUGUACUGAAGGUAAAUUGCUUGGCCACUUGAUCGGCAGAAACGGGACUGCGCCUGACCCAGAGAGGUCGCAAGCGGUUCGCGAUUUUGCUCCUUUAAAGGAGAAACUCCACAUCCAGCAGUUCUUGGGGUGUACAAAUUGGCUCAGGACGUACCUCCCAGCGGAGUUCGGUCACUGUGCAAAAAUCCUUUCGAAAUACCAAAAGUCAGGAGCGGUCUUUCCGGAAGGCGGCUUGGGAAGCAGCAACACGGAAGGGUGCCAGGCCGUCAAGGCUAUCAAGCAGAUGAUGGCCAAAGCAAUUGAACUCACAGUUUUUGAUGAAGCGGCGGCAAUUGCAGGAGUCUGCCCGCUCGAACAGAUCGCCGACGCAUCAGGGAUUGCAGUCGGUGGAACGGUCUUGCAAAUGUCUCGAGACCUGAGCAGGAUGAAAGUCCUCCUCACUCACUCGCGUAGUUUGACAGCGCCUCAGCAAUCAUGGCCACCGUUAGUGCAAGAGGCCUUCGCCCAAUUGGAGGUGAAGAGACAGACGCGGAAGACUUUCGGAUCGAUCAAGACUUUGUGCUGGACCGACCAUUCGAAUUUGACUCGAGCGCAGCACAUUGAAAUCGGUUCCGAUGUGAAACUUGUACGGUGGGUAGCAGAGAUUCUUGCUGAUGGUUCUGAGAUCCGAUCGCUUAGUGGGCGGAGUGCGAAGCUUGGGGAUAGAUUCUCAAGAAAUCCCAAGGAAAGAGACGCCUUGCUCCAAGGGCGUACUCGGGAUCUUCAAGGGCUUUCAGGCCAUCUGAAAGGGUUUAGUCUGGAAGAAUAUUUGGGCGGGGACACGGAGGAACCGUCCAUUCCUGUUGCGUGGGCGGUAGGCAACGAUGCGGUUCCAGAGGAAGUCUCAGCAGAAGAGGCUCGCGGGAGCGUUUCCGUUUCGGGACGCUCCGCGGAAUUAGGCGACGUUGCAGACCGCGGGAGUGGCCUCGUGUCGAGACACUCCGCGUCUGGCACGGCAGAGAUCGGACGCCUCAGCUCUGACGGAAAGGGUUUGGAGGCUAAAGUCCUAUUUGUUGGGGACUACGUGGAUCACGGACUAAAUGCUGCGGAAGUUGCUCGUUUGCAUUCUUUGUUCAUGAGCGCCAUGCCAGGGUGGAAACUGUCAAUCCAGGCUGUGUAUGGUGCGUUUGAAGAUGACGAUGGGGUUGCGUCUCAUUUGGACGGCGCGACGGCGCAUCUGAAGGGAGAAAAGCAAAUCAAGAGAGCCAGGGUCGACAUUCUAACUUCUUGCGCUACGGUGCUCCGAAGCAUCGGCUACCACAUCCCUGAUUUUGUGGUUGGAAUCGGGCAAGGAGGGUUGAUCGUGGGUCUGCUUCGCUUCCCUCUCCUGGUUGAGGUGACGCUGCAAGCUAGGCUUUGGAAGGUGAGGCCAGACGCUGAGCUACUGCUGGGGGCGUGCCCAGAGCUGCGAAAGAAUUUUCCAAUCGAACCAACCCGUGGUUAUGGAGUGAUCACGCGUGUUCCCAAGGAAGACGAAGUCAGACAAGUGGCCAAUGCUCUGGCUUUGGAUCUCAUCAAGGGUCUUGCAGACCCGCCGCUCUCCAGUUUGGCGCAGGAGCCUGGAAGGGAACACUGGGAGCAUAACGGAAAAUGCGCCUGUGGAAAGCGCACCUAUGCCUUCAGUAGAUGUUCGAGCUGCAUCGAAAAGGAAGCUGCAGAUGACCUGCGCGCAGGGGCUCAGGAAAGAGAAGAAGCUCAGGAAGUUGAGUUGGAUGGAGAAGAGCUGUUCGUGAUCGGGUCGCGCCCGCUUUCUCCUUCGGAGCCGAGAUCGUGCAGUGUCCACAUCAAGCUUGUCCAGGAAUGGGCAACCAGCUGGUUCCGUUUGGAAAUUCCGGACAAGUUUGUGCAGCUCCCUCGCGGACUUGGUAAAGUCGCGGGUAGAAAAUGGAAGGAAGGAGAGCCAUUCUCUCUUCCAAACAUAGGGAACGAAUCCAAAGAAUAUCCUUAUGGGGUUACUUGGAGCGUCCAUCGUGAUGGCACGGUGACGUUGGUUCACAACUGCGCUGAAAUGGGUCGGCUGACUCAGCUCGAGCCGGUAUGGGAGCUGAGUGAGCUGAAUUGGCAUAAUCACAGGAAACUCCUUCAGGAAACCUGCGAGCGAAUUUGGAAAGAGCCGAAGAAAACUCCCUGCUGGAAUCAGAACUUCGGAAGGCUUCUUGUUCUGCUAGGGGAGCCCACGGAGCUCGCGGCUUGGGACGACGGAAAUGGCCCAGACGCUCUGGGGUACAGGAGGCAGUUGCUGAACAAGCGGGUGCUUGUUGCUUUCCAGAAAGAAGGUGACAAGGGAUGGUGGAACGCAGUCUCGCUCGGCAGAAAGAUUCGAGUCGACGAGUCGAUUUCGUCAAAAUUUUGGAUUUUGCCUCAGUGGGAAGGAGCCCGAGAAGACGAAGUCCGGAUUGGAGUCCUUGACGAGGAGCAGGAAGAGGCAGAGCCGUCCAGACAAGAUCUCGCAACUGCCGCCAAGUUGGAAGCGGGCGUCCUUGAGUUUGAAGUCACAGGUUCGCUCAGAAGCGUUUGGUACGACGCUCAAAGGAAAGACGCCGGACUCGCAGGGCACCUCAGAAGGCCAGGGGAUCCGUUCCGCAUAGCGGAAGACGGGCUUCUCGAGAGAAGUGUCUCGCUUGACACUGGCGAAAAGGUUUGGGUAUGCGUCGUACCUUUCGGUUCUAGUGGAAUGCAUGGGCUGACUUGGCGCAGAGCUUGUUUCGAUCAGGUCCACAGUGGCGCCCUAGGCGGCCACAAGUCAGCGGAUCGGACAUACAAGAUGUUGAGUCGCAAGGUCUGGUGGGCAGGGAUGAAGGAAGACAUUCAGAAGUGGACAGAGAAAUGCCUCGUGUGUCUGAAGGCGCGCGGGCGGCCCACCAAGGUCACGGCUCAAGCCUCGCGGUGCCUUGCAGACAGCUGUUGGCAAGAGGUCUCGGUAGACUGUGAAGGGCCGAAUCGUGAGGACAGGUGGGGGUUCAGGUAUACCCUCACCUAUCUGGACUGCUUGUCCCACGCGGUGUUGAUUGAGCCUAUGAAAUCCCUGACCCACUCGGAGGUGAGAAGAGCAUUCUCCAAGUGUUUGUUUCGGUCGCGGACAAUUCCGACCAUGGUGAGAUCAGACCGAGGCACUGAAUUUCGCAAUGCUCUAAUGACGGAAUUUUGUGCUUUGAUGGGUACCAAACAAAAGUUCUCCAUGGGCAUGCGACCUUGUGAGAAUGGAACCAAUGAAAGAAUGCAUCAGGAAGUGCAAAAGACGUUGCACGUGAUCAUUCAGGAGAUUGCUCGAGGUGAGACUGACGAGUGGUCAGAGCUCCUGCCAGUGGCAGAAUUUGUCCUCGACAACACUCCGGGGGCCCACGGGUACACACCGAGAGACCUGGAGCGAUCCUGGUCGUUGGGUCUUGAUUUGGAAAAAGACCUUGUCCGGGACAGCCUGAAGUUCGAGCCAAUCAGCGACUGGGCAAGAAGGCAGUUCAGCCAGUUCGCUUCUUUAGCUCAGAAAGUGAAGAAGCAUUGGGAGAAUUCUUCAGCAGCCAGAGCAAAGCUGGCAAAUCGAUACAGAAGGACGUUAGACCUGAAGGUUGGUGACAGGGUUGUCUGGCAAUCCCCUGUAGCCCGUCCAUCGGGGGCGGGUCGGGUGCCGUGGAAGCGUGGAUUGACCGGGCCUUGGGAAAUUGCCGAGGAGAGAAGGUACAAAAAGGCUUGCCAAGAGAGGGAUAAGUUUCUGGAAACCUCAACAGAUCUGGAAAAAGCAAAGGAGCUCCAAAGGGCCAACCAGAAAAAACAACAGGGUGGGCCCCAAGCAGGCAGCAGUGGGGCUGCACCUUCCAUGGAGAUGAAAGAAAAAAAGAAGGAAGAGGCUGCACCUUGUCAAAAGGAGCAGGAGGCUGCACCUUGUCAAAAGGAGCAGGAGGCUGCACCUUGUCAAAAGGAGCAGGCCAAGCAGCAGGUGGAUGUGAAAGUUGAAAAGAAGAAGGAAGAGGCUGCACCUUGUCAAAAGGAGCAGGAGGCUGCACCUUGUCAAAAGGAGCAGGCCAAGCAGCAGGUGGAUGUGAAAGUGGAAAAAGAAGAAGGAGGAGGCUGCACCUUGUCAAAAGGUUCAGGGCAGAAGCUGCAUUGGGAAGACAGGGCAGCCUUGCAGAAGCUCAAGGACAAGGGCUACUACCUGAUCCUCUUGAGCUACUGUGGUGUGGAAAGGUCAGAAGAGAUCCUGCAGGAUUUGGAUGACCAGGACAUGCUGAAGUAUUUCGACAAAAUCAGGUUCACCUGGAAAAAAUGUGGCAGGCAGGGAAAGGCCACCUACUGCAGGGACAACCACAUUCCAUUCAUCUUUGAUGAUUGCAAAGAGAUUGUGGAAGAGUGCAGUGCCAUGGGUGUCUACCCCUACAGGGUCAACACCAAAAGGCACACCCACACUGCUGGCCAUUGGUACUUCUGCCAGGCAGUUGAGCAGAACUGGGUAUUUCUCUGCCAAGUGGCCUUGACAAAAGGGGAAGCUCAUUCUGAAGAUUGUGUUUUGGUCCCAGCAGAUGUGGAAGACACCCGAGACAAUUCCCGCGAGGAGCUGUUCUUUGAUGAAGGGUCGCCAGAGGAUCCGCCGUCUUUAGGGCAACGUCUGAGAGGCGAAGGAGAGCAAAGAGAAUUCGUCCUUCAACGCCGAGGUAGGCAAUUCGUCUUGCGCAUCGGCGACGUAGUUGCUUACACGAAAGGUCAGAAGAUCUGCCAUUUUGGCCGUGUGACUCAGGUGUCCGUCGAAGAAGCCACUGUUGGGGUCCACAAGUACCGCCCGAUCCUAGGAUCGUUGCGAGUCAAAUGGGUACUCGCCUACUUGAACGAAGAAGGCACUGUGGACGACAAUGGCACACAGCCGGUAAUAGACCAGGUUAAGCUGAAAGAAGUUGUCACCAAGGCCGAUAUUAAUCGAGAUGGGGUCCUUGCUGCGAGUACCAGCCGGAAGUUGGAUAAGGCAGGGUACAAGCUGUUGGAAGAGCGGGCUUCCUUCUUGGAUUUCCGGGAGGAGCCGCCUUCGGCAGCCUCGGUUGACAUGCUGCUUGCAACUUUGUGGGAAGGGUUUCUGGAAGUCUUUGCUGGGCACGCGGGACUCACGUCCGCGGCUCGCCGCGCUGGUGUGAUUACAGGUCCCCCCGUCGAUUCAGCUUAUGAAGCGUACGGCCGCCGGUGGGAUCUUUCGAGACAACUCGACCGGCAGCUAUUAGAUGUCAUCAUCAAUUGGCUUACCCCGCUUUUGGUUCAUUUCGGUCUUCCGUUUGAACAUUACUGCAGAGAAGGAAAAGGAGCAAUUUCAGCCGAAAACGAAGAGUUGCUCUCUUACUGUGUCUCUGUUCUUGCGCGUCGAAAAGAAAGAAAGAGCUAUGGCUCUCUGGAGAAUCCCGUCGGCAGCUCGGUGUUUCAUCGAAGGAGCCUCACUGCUGCCGUAGGCACGUUGGCGAAUCCGACUGAGCCGUGGGCCUUUGUGCGGACGGAUGGCUGCCAAUAUGGUAUGGUGUCUCAGGCGGUUGAUGACGGGUCCCAGGGUACGCCGGUAGAACAGGGGCAGCUUUGGUUGUCCAACUUUGACCUAUCCCCGUGUAGUUUGCGGUGUCGGAAACCAGGUGCUUUAGCUGUUACAGUGCAUCCGCACCGGUCUGUCAGAGGAUCUGUCAAGGUGCCUUUCGACGAUGGAAGAGAGCAUUGGACAAGCGCUGGAAAUAUGAGCGGUAUCUAUCCUACGGCAUUCUGUGAUGCGUACUGGAAGUGCGCCCCUCGCAGAUCGGAUCGCCCAGGCGGAGAAUGGUCUGAGGGGCGAGGGAUCCAAUCUAGCCCAGCGUCGUGCUCCUCUUCCAGCGGGCUGCGUCAAGGUUUUCCUGACGUAGCCGCGGAAUUGGCAGUCCCUGAGAAGGAGAUUAAGGUCGAAGUUCCGCAGGCUGACGUCAACGUCAGUGCGGAGCUGACUGCCCGGGAAAGAGAACGCCUUGAGAAGGAUCUCGCAGAAUACUCGUCUAAGAUGACGAAGUAUUGGGAUGAUCGCGCAAGACAUAAGGAUUGGGAACAGGUCAAAAGCGAUCUUUCCGUCUACCGUUUGAGCGGUCAGGAAGUGACAGAAGAUCCACGUCGAACGUCCGAGUAUAGGAAACAAGUCCUUGAAGGACUGGGGUUCGGAGACGGAGAAGGGAGGAAGUCAAAGCGCACGGGACAGCAUUUCGAAGCCUGUCAAGAAGUCCUGGCGCGAAAGGCGGCGGCUUUCUGGUUGGAAGGAUCCCCGCGCACCACCGUGCGCAACGUCGCCCAUGACACCAUCCCGACGGGACCGCCGGUGUCGCUGCAGCCUCACCAUCUGAAGGGCGAAGCGGCCGCUUGGGUCGAUGAACGCCUUGAGGAGGAGUGUCAGCGGGGCCAGUUGGUCCGCGGCACGUCGGCAUGGGGUAGCCCUCCGUUUCCAACUCGCGAAGCUCCUGCUCAUAAGAGGCACCGGAAAAGAAGACUCGUAGUCGAUUACAGGCGAGUGAACUCCAGGGUUUUGCGGAGUACCUACUAUUGUAGGAAGUCCUCCGACGUGUUGGCGCAGUGCUCCGGAAGCAUCUUUUACAGCUUUGUAGAUGCCGUGUCAGGAUUUAACCAAAUCGCCAACACUCGGCGGGCAAUGGAAGUUCUUGCGAUCGUGGCUCGCUCGGGGAAAUUCCUCCCCAUCUGCCUCACGUUCGGACCAAUCAAUGGACCGGACGACUUUUGUUUUGUUGUCGAUCGAGCCUACGGGCCGGGGCGUGGAAGGAAGCUCCGCUAUACCCGUGAAUGGGUAGCAUACGUCGACGACUUGACGAUUAGAACAGGCAGGUGCAUUGACGAGAGGCUCCUCACCGACGAAGAGCACGAUCAGGAAAUCAAAGAUGCAAUGCGUCACACUCCGGUGACAGUAGGGCAGGCGCCGACUGAAGCCAUGAGAGCUUUAGGAGUCCGACCAGAAGGGCUCAGCGGACAGAAGUCGAAGCACGACGAAAAAGAGUCCGACCACAACCACCCAACCCGUGAGCGGUUCUUGGAGUUGGUUCACCCGAGAACGCCUGGUGUGGGUCUAGUCGGGCGCAACAAGGUGAUCUGUAGGUGUAAAGUAGUAUGUGGGACCGUUUGGUCUAAGGUGGGCCCACAUGGUACUAAGGCGGUAGGUUCACGGAGGUUUCCGCCGCAGCUGUUUGGCUUUGGACGUCGGAGCGGACUGAGGAGGUCGCUCGACGGUUCAACUUAUGCAGCUUUGGGGGCUCGUGCGUUGGACCAUGAAAGCGCAGAAGCUCUUGCGGGACGGGAUUGUGACUCACGACCUGUCCGCGUGACCCAGUCCUGGCUGGCAGCGGGAAUAGUUCGCGCUUCGCGGCUCUUCCGCGCCAUAGCCGGUAAGAAGGCCAAGGGUAGUAGCCACGGUAGAAGUGGUCAGAAAGGAAGCCACAAUGGCAAAGGUUUUAAGUGCAGUCACCCUCGACCGGCGAGAGAUGACUCUUCAGAAGAAGACUGGGGUCAGCCUCAAGAAUCUGAAAGCGCAACUCGCGCAACAGAAGCGUUUCUGAAGGUCAAAAAGGAGCUGAGACUCCGCGGAAAGAGGAAGCGAGGAGGUACGAGGCACAAACGAAAGACUACCAAGAGGAAGCGAGCCGCGGCAGGGCCUGCGUUUCGCGGCUCUCGCGCGGCGCGGCCAAAAAGGAGUAAGAAGGAGGCUGCUAAACGUGGCAGCCUAUGGGCCAGAUCGAGGAAGGGCCGUAACAAGGCGGCCCACGCAGCACGUGGGAACGGGUGGAGCCAAGUGGCAGGGGUGUUCUGCUGCUUUUUGGCCGUCCCAGUGCUGAGGGAGACGGAAGAGAUCGUCGGUGCUGCGUCAGACGCAGUACAAGAAGCCAUUUCGAGCACGUCAGACACGAUCCAGGAAGUGAUCGUUGAGAGUGGCUACCAGUUGAGAGGUGCAGUCGCCGUCUUUGGGAUUGCGAUCCAAGGGUUGUGCAUCUUAGCGGUGUGGUACUUAGGCCACAAGCUAAGGAACUUCUGGUGUCGGUUCUCGCACGGCAACACGGAUCCACGCCUGGUGAACUUCGAUGGAAAUUCAUCAGUCUGGGAGGUCAAGGGGUCUAAGGAGGUUCAUCGAGUGAGAAUCUCUGGAAGUGGAUCUGGAUGUGCUUGCCGAGCCUUCCUGUCGACCGGAAAGUGUGGUCAUCUACGCAUUGCCCAGGAGGCCCACAAGAAGCUGGCGGGUACCAGCUCGGUCGAAGGAGGUUCAAGUUCUGCAUCUUGA